AUGAAGUUGAACAUUUCGUACCCGGCCAAUGGGUCGCAGAAACUUGUCGAAGUCGAAGAUGAGCGCAAGCUGCGCGUCUUCAUGGAGAAGCGCAUGGGCAACGAAGUCCCCGGUGACAGCUUGGGAGAUGAAUGGAAGGGCUAUAUCUUCCGCAUCACCGGCGGUAAUGACAAGCAAGGCUUUCCCAUGAAGCAGGGUGUCAUGCUCCCUACUCGUGUCAAACUCCUCCUUGCCGACGGCCACUCCUGUUACCGACCUCGACGAACCGGUGAACGCAAGCGCAAGUCCGUCCGUGGCUGCAUUGUUGCUCAAGAUCUUUCUGUUUUGGCUCUUUCCAUCGUCAAGCAGGGCGAGGGUGAGAUUCCCGGUCUCACUGAUGUGGUCAACCCCAAGCGCCUCGGUCCCAAGCGUGCCACCAAGAUUCGAAGAUUCUUCGGCUUGAGCAAGCAAGAUGAUGUCAGGAAAUUCGUCAUUCGUCGCGAAGUCGUCCCCAAGAAAGAGGGCGCCAAGCCAUACACCAAAGCCCCCAAGAUCCAGAGACUCGUCACUCCCCAGCGCAUGCAACACAAGAGACACCGCAUCGCCCUGAAGAGAAGACGCGCCGAGGCCGCCAAGGAUGCUGCGAACGAGUACCAUCAGCUGCUCGCUAAGCGUGUGCAUGAGGAACGUGAGAAGAGAACCGAGUUGAGGAAGAGACGGGCCUCCUCGAUGAGGAAGGAGUAG